AUGAGGAGGGUGCUCCUCUUUCUCCUGGCCCUCAUCACAAUCUGGACUAUGCACGCCCUGGAGGAUAAAUGCAACGGGUUUUGCGGACGGCGCCCCUUGGCACCCAGCCACUCCCUUCCCGUGGUGGGAGGCAUCGACACCCUGCCAGGGACCUGGCCCUGGAUGGUCAGCAUCCGGACCCCGUUCAAGUCUGGGUACCAGCACACGUGCGGAGGGUCACUCAUUGGUGCCAGAUGGAUCCUCACGGCUGCCCACUGCUUCAAAGAUACAAGGUAUCUAACAAAUUGGGAACUGGUGUUUGGUACGAGUAAACUGUCCCAUCCAGGCCCUGAUGCAGAGGUUCGCUUCCCCAAGAGGGUGGUGCAGCACGAGAACUACCAGCCACGCCAGCAAAUCAAUGACAUUGCCCUGGUGGAGUUGGAUGACCCCGUCAAGUGCAAUGACUACAUCCAGCCCGCCUGCUUGCCAGACAGCUCGGUGGACGUCUCCACCAUGGUCCAUUGCUACAUUGCUGGGUGGGGCUAUACGCGGGAGAAAGCCAGGGCUCCAUCAGAUGUCCUGAAGGAGGCCAAGGUGGAUCUCAUAUCCUCAGAGAAGUGCAACAGCAGCAACUGGUAUUAUGGAAGCAUCUCCACCAAUAACCUGUGUGCUGGAUUUGAGGGAGGAGGCAUUGACACCUGCCAGGGUGACAGUGGAGGACCUCUUAUGUGUAGGGAAAACCGGUCUGAGCGCUACUGGAUUGUGGGAGUGACUGGCUGGGGACUGGGCUGUGCCAGGGCCCAGAAGCCCGGGGUCUACACUUCUACCCAGAACUUCUAUGACUGGAUCCAAGGCUACACAAAAGAAGAGCUCCAUCAGAAGGCCAUCCCUCUGCCACUGACGCAGCCAGGGCUCUUGAACGGUCGGGCACAGGGCGCUGACAUCAGCUUUGGGGGUUGUAUCCAAGUAUCUCAGAGGUGGAAGGUGCAGGAUACUUCCCAGUAA